GAAAACUGUCGAACAGUUGAAUUUCAAGAGGAAAGAAAGAACGAGGUGUUAAUCAACCACGUCUCCCAUCGUUAUUACGUUGAUAAUGACAUCUGCCAGAUUAACUGUUACCGCGAACCAGGCUGUGUAUCCUAUAACCAUGGUACGCUGGGUGAUGGGACAUUUUUGUGUGAGCUGAACGACAAGGACCAUACGCAAGCAUCGUCGAAUGAGAUGGUGGCAAGAUAUGGGUUUAUAUAUCGUCCAAUAUUUGUACGAGAUGACGUAAUAAAUAAGUUAUAUUCGCCGAUGAAAAGGCUCAAAGCUCAAAAAAAUGAUCCUUUGUCUAACUCUAUCAAUUUUCUUUCAGAAUCCCUGUGGAAGCAGCCCCUGCGCCGGACAUUCCAAAUGCCAAUCAGGUUUUGGAGACCAGGAAUAUCACUGUAGUUGUCUACUUGGCUUCUAUGGAGAAGAAUGUGAAUUAG